AUGCCGCUCCUCUCCUCGAUCCCGCUCGUCGGGCGCCUCGUCGACGCCAUCACCGGCGCCUCGUCGAUCCCUGCCGCUCGCCGUCUCAAGUCUGCCCCGGUCCACGCCGUCGAGACCCGCCCCGAGAAGCGCCCGCGCACGCUCAAGCACCUGUUGCGCGGCAACCACGUCAACCAUGCCCUCAUGUACGGCGACGACAACGGCCGCCACAACCACAUGGCCCACGCACUCUGCUCGGCCUACCUGCUGGGCGCCACGCCCGAGCAGAUGAACCUCAUAUACGACGCCAUUGCGCCCAAACUCGUGCCCUGGCAGGCGUCCCCCGCCGAGAUUGCCGACGUGGACUGGCGCGACUACCUGGGCGACACGGCGUACCAGCGCGCGUACGUGGACUUUUUCGAGGACGUGCUGGCCGAGCACAGCGUGGCGUACAACUGGCGGACGGUGGUGGAGGCGUACCUGCUGGGCCAGGGCCGGCCGUGGGGCGACGACGACACGGUCGAGGUGGACGGCGACCUGGUGCCGCCCAUGUUCAGCAGCCGGGUGACGCCGACGGCCCCUGCGGACGGGGCGACGGGGGCGGCGGGGGCGGCGCGGACAAACACGCUGCCGGACAAGGCCGACCGACACCUGCUCCUCAACAGCCUCAUCUGCGGCCUCGGCCACCCGCUCAUCCACCUGGCGUACGCCUACGAAAUGGACAGCCGCGUGCUCGCCAUGGAGGCGCUGGGUAUGACGGCCGUGACCUACAACGCCGACUACGCCAAAAAGUACCCGUUCGGGCAGCUGCCAGCCGACGACGACGUGCCGGAUGCGCUCCGGGGGCUGUCCCUCCAGCAGCUGGUCGACCGCAUCGCCAAGGACGCGCGGUUCGAUGCCGUCGCCCUGGGCAGCCGCAUCGAGUCGCUGAUUCUCGCGCCGCCGUCGCCCGAGGUCGCGACCGCCCUGCUCGAGUACUGGCACGCGUGGGAUUUGACGGGCCGCGACGAGCCCGUACAAAACGACUUGACGCUGCGCGUGCGCGAGGCCCAGGACGUGUCCGCGGACAUGCUCGUCGCGUCCGUCGUCCCCGGCACGCACAGCUACAACUUCUUUGUGUGCCACGCGCUGACGACGAGCCACGCCGUGCGGGUCCUGCUGCCCGAGAUUCCGCCGGCGCUGCACGUGGGUGUGCUGCAGCAGUGGUGGCUGCUGGCGCUGGCGACGUACGUGGCGGUGGGCCGGCCUCCCGUGGACCCAGACAACGUGCCGAAAGACCAUCGCAAGACAAAGGGCUGGACGUACGUGGAGCAGCAAGCCGUGUCGUCGCGGUGGAGCACGGAUGAGCACUAUAUUAAGAACGCUGCCCGCACAUGGGGCGACAUUCAGGACCGGUACCUGAACGCGGCUGUGUGGUUUGCUGAUGACUUUGAGGGUUGGGUGCGGUAA